AUGACAGCCGGGUGGCCAAGUGCGCAUGCGCAAGAAGCGGUGCUUUUUGUGAAUGGUAAGGCGGUACCUGAGACACAUGACAGAUCCCAGAAGCCGCCGGACCAAUCACAAAGCACAAGUGCUUCUCGCUCAUGCGCACUGGGCACCCGGCUGUCAUGCCGAGCGCCGACACUACAGAACCCGGGAAGACAGCGCGCGGCUGGAUCGAGGGACAGGUAAGAUCAAACAAAAACUCUGCGGAAGUAAGAGCGGUUUAAAAUUUUGGCUCUUUGUGUCUAACUUGUUCGCCACCCCUGGCCUAGGGGAUCGCAGCAGACGUGGG